AUGACAGACGAUUCUGUGGAGGAGCAACCCUUGAAAACUGAAGUAAAAAAUGAGUUCAAGAAAAUGUCGCUAUUAAAUAAGUUAAGAUUUAUGAGAUCCAAUGUAACUGUGGAACCGGUGCUGGCAUUGUUUGUGAUGCCAAGCGUUUUAGCUGUUAUGGCUACUCAAAAUCUAAAUCUAGAUAAAGCCUGUAGAGUUAAUCUAGAUUUUCCAGAUGAAGUGUGCACUAAUUUACGAUUGAGAAAGAGAGAAAAUAUUAGCUCUUACGAAGAUGAAGUUCAAAAGUUGAUAGCAUCAGUUCAAGCUUGGAAAAGCGUUAUCCAUACGGCUGUACCAACUCUAUUAAUGUUGUUUAUCGGUGCUUGGAGCGAUAAGACCGGGCGCCGGAAAAUUUGCAUGACAAUGCCGAUCAUCGGGGAAUUUAUUACUUGUGUUUUAAAUAUGGUGAACACAUAUUUUUUCUAUGAAGUCUCUGUGGAAUGGACUGUGUUCAUGGAGGUCAUAUUCCCAUCGCUCACUGGAGGCUGGUAUACUAUUUUACUUGGUACAUAUAGUUACUUGGGAGAUAUAACUUCAAAAAAUACAAGGACUUUUAGAUUGGGCAUAUUGAGUUUGUGCAUGACUGUCGGCUUUCCUUUGGGAAUGGGAUUUAGUGGUCUUUUAUUGAAGUACAUAGGAUAUUAUGGUGUAUUUUCCCUAUCUGCACUGCUUCAGUUUUUUAAUUUCUGCUAUGUCACUUUCCGUAUUAAGGAUCACACUUGGUUAAAUAAAAAUGAAGAGGUAAAAAAAAGUGGUGCCGUUGGGUUUUUUAUGGAAUUCUUUGACAUCGACAGCAUUAAGGAAACAUUCAAGAUAGUGUUCAGAAAGGGUCCGAAUAACAGAAGAUUACGAAUAUGUCUUAUCCUCGCCGUAGUUUGCCUGAGCUUUGGACCUAUGUGGGGUACAAUGUUUGCGAUUAGUGUUUUUAGUAAAAGACUAGGAGUUGACGAUUCUGUGUUGGGAAUUAUAUCUACUACAAGUAAGAUGGCUGGGGCUUUAGUGACAGCGUUUGCAAGAAGCAAUUAUGAAAUUUAUGCUGCACCGCUUGUAGAAAUAUUAGAUGGAACUACAACAAUAGCACUUCGGUCAAUCGCUUCCAAGUUGGUUUCUCAUCAAGAAUUAGGCAAAGUAUUUUCACUUUUUGGUGUGGCGGAGACUAUGAUGCCUCUGAUUUUCGCUCCACUAUAUUCUCGAGUGUAUAUACUGACGCUGCAUAUAUUGCCGGGAGCCGUCUUCCUAUUUACUGUUCUGGCCACAGUGCCAGCUGUUGGUAUAUUUAUAUGGUUCUAUGGUCAGCACAAAAAGGAUUUAAGAAAGAAGAUAUUAGAAAUGCAACCUCCACAAGUACAUGAAGAAGCAAAAAGUUCUGAUAGUCCCACUGCAUAG